CAUCAGUUUUUGUUUUGAUUUUAAAUAGAAAGAAAUUUUUCAACAUAAAGCAACUUUUUCUAAAUUUUUCAAUUAUUUCUGUGAUUUAAAGCUAUGGAUGGUCAUGUAUCGGAAGCAUCAGGAACUCGAGAUAAACCGCUUGAAGCUGAAGAUCGUCUACGGAAGAAGAUAAAGCAGCCGAGAGAGCGAAAUUAUGGAGCAACAUCAAAUGAUGUGAUUGUUGUGAAUCCAGCACAGCCACCACCUCAAGAUCCACCUCAUAGGGAUCGUCGACCGACACAACAAGAGAUGGAGGAAGAUGAGGAGAAGGAAAUUCUUAAAUAUGGGGCAAAGCACGUCAUCAAACUCUUUGUACCUGUGACCCUUUGCAUGAUGGUUGUGGUCAUGACUGUUAAUUCUGUUAGUUUCUAUACAGUUAAGGAUGUCUAUCUCAUUUACACGCCAUUCCAUGAGACAUCAAAGGAUACAGGCGUUAAGAUUUGGAAUGCAUUGGCCAAUAGUAUGAUUCUCAUGGUUGUUAUCAUCAUUAUGACUGUUCUACUUAUUCUACUGUAUAAGAAUCGAUGCUAUAAAAUUAUUCAUGGAUGGCUUAUCAUGUCAUCCUUUAUGCUGCUCUUCCUCUUUUCAUAUCUUUAUCUUGAAGAAGUUAUGCGUGCUUAUAAUAUUCCUAUGGACUAUCCAACCGCUCUCUUUAUAAUGUGGAACUUUGGAGUUGUUGGAAUGAUUGCUAUUCAUUGGCAGUCACCAUUGAGGCUGCAACAGGCUUACUUGAUCUUUGUUAGUGCAUUGAUGGCUUUGGUGUUUGUAAAGUAUUUACCGGAAUAUACUACUUGGGUCGUCCUCGGUGUAAUCUCAAUUUGGGAUCUCGUAGCUGUCUUAUCACCAAGAGGACCACUCAGGAUUCUUGUAGAAACGGCACAAGAAAGAAACGAACAAAUUUUCCCAGCCUUAAUUUAUUCAUCAACAGUUUUGUACUCAAUUGUUGGAAUGACAACAACAGGAACUGAAACAGGGAAUGAGACUAGACGAUUAAAUGAGAAUCAGGAUGCUUCAGCUGAUCAAGCUGGUUUCAAUCAAGAAUGGGCAUCAACAACUCGUCAACGUGUCCAACAACGUCAAAUUGAAGUUCAAGCUAAUGAUCAAAGCCACCCAACUCAGUAUAGAACUGUGACACGUCCACCAAGUGAUAACUUAACAGAAGCUCAAAGGCAUCAACAGCAAAUGGAGGAAGAAGAACGUGGAAUCAAGCUUGGACUUGGGGAUUUUAUCUUUUAUUCAGUAUUGGUCGGCAAGGCUAGCUCAUAUGGUGACUGGAACACAACCAUUGCCUGCUUUGUGGCUAUUUUGAUUGGUCUCUGCCUGACACUUCUCUUGCUAGCCGUUACCCGAAAAGCCCUUCCAGCUCUUCCAAUCUCAAUCACAUUUGGACUUUUCUUCUGUGUCACAACGAGUGUCCUUGUUAAACCAUUUACAGAAACUCUAGCUGCCGAGCAAGUUUUCAUUUAAUUUUAGCCAAAAUUCAUUCCGAUUUUUAGUCUAGAAAAUUAAAAAGACUUUUUUUUGUAAUCAAAUUUACUACCUUAAUUAAUCCAAAAUGAAAUUAUUAUUAAAGAUGCUUAUUUAAUCACAUUACUUUAUUAAAAAUG